AUGCCUUCGGCGGUGUCGAAUCAGAAACGCUACUAUACUGCCCACCACCGGCGUCAAUCCUCCCAGUCCCAAACAAACUUGCCGGAUCAGAUCAGGACGCCUGGCUCACAGGCCCAGUCGCCUAACCGAUCACUGGUCUUUCUCCCUUCCACGGCCUAUUCUCUAUCACAGCCUGUGACUCAGCGUUCUCGGACAUCAUCACUGUCCAACCCUUCAAGAUCGACCUCGAGGCUAGAUACUGUCCCAAAUGAGGAUAUCCAGAAUGACCCGCACAAUUUCUACCGCCAGUAUCAAGACCCCUUCGCGAACUCAUCACUCGUGGCCCUACAUCAAGAAGCGAUACGAACGGACCCGAUUGAACGUGCGGAAGAGCCGCCUGUUACAGCUCGAAAAUCAAGCUUCUCCGCCGACGACAGGAUGGUCAAGGGAGCAAAAGGCUCAACUGGUGCUCGGAAAUUAUCGUUGAAUACCCAGACCUUGCCCAAUGGUACGUACGAUGGCGGACAUGCAAGAUCUUCUGGAGCAAUGCCCAACUCUUUGAAGUCGAGGAAGGCUUCUUUCAAAGAUCUGGUAGCUCGGUUCGAUGCUUCGCCUGACGACGUCCCUCCUUUGCCCACUCAGCAAGUAUCGCGACCUGCUUCGAGAACCGCAAGCCCCAUGCCAUAUGCCUCGGUGGAGACGUCUCACUCUUAUCACCCACAAGUCAAGCGACCACCAUCCAGAGUCUCGGACGCUUCAAGGAGGACGGGGAGCGCGUUGGGAUUCAGAGCCGCUGCAAACGAGAAGUUUACUCACUCUAGAGAUCCGUCCUUCGCGGACGGGCUGAGUCAAGUAGCCAGCAAUCCUGAAGUCCCCGCAGCUGGUCAGCACUUGCUGUUUGGUGAGGUCCCUUCUUCUGCGACCAAUCUUCCUGCUGCACCGGGAUACGGCAUUUACAAUGCUCGUCGGCGACGAGGAUCAGAAGGAUCCCCAAUGCAUAGCCCCAACCCAAUGUUUUCGACAAAACGUGGCCAUCCUCAGUCGUCUGGGCCCCCGAUCUCGCCUUCAGUUAUGCAUUCUCAGACUUCUAAUUAUGGUUUCAACGGCUUUCCACAAUCCCGACCUCCACAUCGCCGAGCAAAUAGUGAUGUCUCUGGACCUCCUUCGAAAGCCUUCUUGCGAGAAGACCAAACUCCGCCGGCCGCUGAAGAGAUCACCCACAAACACAUUGCAGAAUCAUUACUGAAGUCGAACGCUCAAUCCAGAAUACCACUAAGUACAAGACAUCAGCGAAUGGCUUCAGAUUCUGCGGCAAUCUCUCCUACCAGUCGUCCUGCCAUUGUCCCACACCAGCAGCUCCCUUUCCGGGCUCUAGAGUCGGGGCUGAAAGCAUCGAAUCCUUCUCCACCAGGAGAACGAAAACAGCACAGUUCAAAGCGGCAGCCACGAUCUCCGGUGCAAAUCAAAAGCCCAAACAAUCGUGGGCGCCCUUCUACCACAGCAAAUGGCGAAAAGAGUCCUUCACUUCGGGCAAAUAUCAUCGCCCCUCCGCCGAAGGUCUCCCCACCACUCAGAAGCUCGAGACCCCGACUCCCCGUGUCUUCUGCCACCACAGCUGCGUCCCGUGCGAAGAUGGCUGAAAAGUUCCAGACGAUGGCGAAGCAACAAAGUGACCGAAAAGCUUUCAGACGACAGAAACCGCCGGAACUUAGUGAUAUCGAUCUGAAGGCUCGCCGAUUGAAGAUCACUCAAGCUCUGAGCCGGUCACGAGAAGGACAGGAUUUGAAAGGUGGCAGCACAGAGACUCGCGCCAAUUCAACCAACCGGGCAGAUAGCAUGACACCUUCCCUCGAAGAAUCCGAUGAAUCAGACCAACGCCAAGAAACGUUCGAUAUUCCGGCUGUCGUCGUGAAUGAGGCUCCCACCGAUACCUCUGAGGAACGUGCAUUUUACACCGGCAAUGGAGAGAGCCCGCAAGAUCAACGGGCAUUCACCCAAACGGCCUUGAGGAUUGUUGAAGGAAAUAUCCAGCUCCCGGGGGAUGACAUGGACUCGCCCACACUUGGUCAUGCUGAGGUUGGCUUCAAUAACAUCCCGUUCAGCCUGAACACCCAUCUACAACCGGUGCGUGACGAGCAAGAGCCUCAAUCAGCAGUAACUGAGGACACUGUGGCGACCGACGCCACCAUGAUCGACGUUGAGCCGCAAACGGACACAUCACGUCUCCAGACUUCUGGGCAAUCACUUUGCAACCAAAUUAAUGUGCUUCGAAGUCAGGACUCCACUUCACCCUUAUCAUCCGCUUCUCAAGCAUCUGGCGAGAAUUCUGAUCACGCCGAUCAGGUAUCUGUUCAUCUCAUGCUUCGCGAGACUGCCUAUCUCGACGACGACGAAGCUGUAGAGAAAGGUUAUCGACAUUUGGUGUCGCUGGAUCAGCCCGAGCAUUCACGCUCGCAGAGCGACGGAAGAACCUCGUGGACGUCAUCAAUAGAGGAUCUACCUGAAUCUGAAGCAGCUGACAAUCCUGCUUCUGUCGUUGAGUCACCUCAGGUGCUGCAGCAGGAAACGGAGGGUACACAUGCAGAGUCCGAUUCACAGUCCGAGUCGGGUCACUCAAGUGUUGAGGAUGACUCGAAUAGAGAGCACCAUGCAAGUGACGCCUAUACGAUAGUGAAUAAAGUUCUCCAGCAACAGACUCCAUCGGGGGUUGUUGAUCAGCAACUCGUGGAUGAUAUCUAUCACCGAAUCAUUCAAACUUCGCCGGACCUAGCCGACGUGGAAAAAGCGGAUGAGGAGAAAGUGCAACGGUUGUGUUUGGAGGAACUGGAAGAGUAUACCCGUCAAUGGGAGCUCGAAUCUUCACGCCCGCGAUCAACCAAGUCCUUUCAAUCUGAAGCAAGACCGUAUUCAGAGCAUGACGCAACUGAAGAGCGGUAUCACAACGCCGCCAAAUCUACAAAAACUCACACUUCAAGUCAUGUGACUCCCACGCCUCCACCGCCACCACCAUCGAGCUAUCGAACGCAUCAUAGAUACAAAUCCAGCUUGGACAGUGCGGAAGACUGGGCUGAGACGUCACCAUCGGUCGGUGAUUGGAUGCAGUUUGCUCUCAAAUCACCGACAGAAGAAAGACAACCAUCAACUUUGGCUCAAGAAGCGUUUGCAGACGCAGGGUCCAGGACGUCGACCACAGAAACCUAUCAAGCUAAUGAACAAAACGAAAUUGAGCAGCAGACGGACGAUUUUGUACCGGUCGGGGCUGAGAGUAACAUUCCACGCCCCCCAUCCCACUCACCGCCACCUCCUCCGGUCUCGAAACUGCCUACCGUUGACCAAACGUCCUGGUCUGCCCCGAUUGGCAUAAGACCAGUCAUGCCACAAACAGCUCCACUGGCUAGACCACUUACUGCAUUAUCUCAGAUGUCUACCAGGUCAAGUAUGGAUCAACAGAUGAUACCAUCCGGCUCGCAUGAUACUAGGUCAUCUAUAGAUGAGCAAAAUCCCGAGCAUCGCCGUCUGAAACAAAGAAGACAUGUUCUCAAGGAGUUGGUAGACACCGAAUACACAUACGAAAGAGAUAUGAGAGUCUUGUGCGAUAUCUAUAAACAAACUGCAACCGCCGCCAUAAAUGACGAGGACAUCAAGAUUAUAUUCGGCAAUGUGGACCUUGUACAACAGUUUUCCAAGGAUUUCCUGGCAUAUUUGAGACAGGUCGUCAAGCCAGCUUACGUAAUGGAAAGAUCUGAUCGACGAAAAGACGGCAAUCGGACAUCCACAAUACAGAGCUCUGCGGUCUCUGUUGACGGCAUUGGUGAGCUGACUGACUUUGAUAGAGACGAACUUACAAGAGUGGGCACCGCGUUUGAAGCGUCAAUGGUUGACAUGGAGAAGGUGUAUACCGAUUAUAUUCGAACCCGACAUGCUGCCAACAAGAGGUUGGAGGCGCUGCAGUCAUCAGCCGCUGUACGAGAGUGGCUUAAAGAAUGCAGUGAGAAUUCAAGUGACAUUACCAAUGCCUGGAGUUUGGAUGCUCUCCUUGUCAAGCCAAUACAACGCAUCACCAAAUAUCCUCUCUUGCUCAAUCAGCUACUGGAGGCGACUCCGAAUACUCACCCUGACGUCGAAUUUAUCCGAAGAGCAGCAGUUGAGGUGACCGAGGUCAAUGUACGGAUCAACGAAGUGAAGAAGCACACCGAGCUUGUUGAUCAGGUACUGAACCGGAAACGGAAGGAGUCUGAUGUUCGAAAUGGCUUGACGAAAGCGAUUGGUCGGCGUGCAGAGAAACUACGGCAACACGUGGGCAUCAAUGGCGUACACGAAGAUCCGGAGUAUACCAAGCUCAAGAUCAGUUAUGAUAACAACAUUGCGCAUCUAUUCUUGGUAACUAAGGAUUGUCAAGGAUAUAUUGAAGAGAUCACCAAGUGGGUCAAUCGCUUGUGCGAGCUAGCAGCUGCUGCUGAGGCAUGGGUUGACGUUGGCCACACGAACUACGCACAGGCCGAGAGCAAACUUCGACAAUUUGCCAUUGUCGUUCGGGGGGUCAACUCGAUUGCGCUCCCCGACCACAAUGAGCAAGUCACACGACGUGUCGUCCAACCCAUGGAAAAGACAGCAACAAUGCUAGAGAGGUUUAGAUCAGAUUCCAAAGGGCUGAUUCAAAAGCGAGAAAAGCGGCUUCUGGAUUACAAUCAAUUCAAACACAAGAAGGACAGAGGUGAAAAGAUUGACAAGAAGAUGACCGAGCGCAUGGAACAAUGGGAAGCUCUGAACCUGGAAGCCAAAGAAAGAAUGAAGCGACUUCUCCAAUCAACAGCCGAUCUCGUCCAUACUUGUCAGGCCAAUCUUAUUCAAUUGCAUCUCAGCUGGCUGGCUUUGUGCCGGCAAAAGUUCUCGGCCGCCAUGGAAAUACCCUUGGACAAGCUGGACAAAGCUGAUAUUGUCAAAGACUGGCAGGAAGAUUUUGAUUUCCAAGAAGCGACUGCAUUGUCCCUGAGCAUCUGCAAUGGAUCAUUGCUAGCAGAGGCAGUGAACAUGAUUUCGUUCUUAACUCCUGGCUCGACAUUGACUGGCGACGAGUCACCCCGUCAGCCCUCAUGGAACAGCGCAACGAAGCGAUCUGUGUCAACAUCUGAAGAGAUACCCCAGUUGCCUUUGAAGGACCACUAUCACCGGAACAGCGGAGGUCCAAUGAGUUCUCAAAGUGACGAUCACACCGAGUGGAGUUCAUCCACGUUCGCCAACGGACGGAUCCGGACCGGCUCAGCUGCAUCUGGACGAAUUCCCAAGACUCCAGAGACGGGAAGUCGAGGUGUUUCUGCAUCUCUUCAUACUGUCAACAGUACAAGUGCGUCUCGACCAGGGACUAGUCCAGGUCCCUCAGCAGACAACGCCCAAGCAGCUCCUCGGUUGAGCUUCGAAGCCCCAUCUCCAUCAUUAGGUGAAUUGUUAACCGAAUCUCCCAUGGCAGUCCGACAUGCUUCGUCGUCUACAUUCUACUCGGCAGCUCCAGGACCAACUCAGUCACAGUCUCACCUACCGGCCACAGGUCGGGCCAGUGUUUUCUCUUCCGCAAUGCCUAUGGAAGAGAGCCCCGAGCCGGAGACAGCACCGACUAAUCCAGAACCACGGAGAGAACCCGGAGUUUUGUUCACUGCGGCCAGUGUCUAUGAAUUUAACAUCGACCGAUCGCGGCAGCAAGGUGGAUUCCGCUACCUCACAUAUGUGAUUGGGGAGAUCUUCGACAUUAUCGCUGAGCAUGGAGAACUGUGGUUGGCAAUUAAUCAAGACGAUCCAACAAGAGAAAUUGGCUGGAUCUGGAACAAGCAUUUCGCCAAAUUGGCGGAAUGA